AUGAUCCACAGCCUGUUUCUUAUAAACUGUUCUGGUGAUAUAUUCUUGGAGAAGCACUGGAAAAGCGUUGUGAGCCAAUCUGUGUGUGAUUAUUUCUUCGAAGCUCAAGAGAAAGCAAUCGAUGUUGAGAAUGUGCCUCCUGUCAUCUCAACACCGCAUCACUACCUCAUCAGCAUCUAUCGGGAUAAAAUCUUCUUUGUGUCUGUCAUACAGACAGAAGUGCCACCACUCUUUGUAAUCGAAUUUCUGCACCGAGUAGCAGAUACUUUCCAGGAUUACUUCGGCGAAUGUUCUGAGACUGCAAUUAAAGACAAUGUAGUUAUUGUGUAUGAACUUCUAGAAGAAAUGUUAGACAAUGGCUUUCCACUGGCAACAGAAUCUAACAUAUUGAAGGAGCUGAUUAAGCCUCCCACAAUUCUGCGCUCCGUUGUCAACUCCAUCACAGGCAGUAGUAAUGUGGGUGACACACUUCCCACCGGCCAGUUGUCCAACAUUCCUUGGCGCAGAGCAGGGGUAAAAUACACAAACAACGAAGCCUAUUUUGAUGUCGUUGAAGAAAUUGAUGCGAUUAUAGACAAAUCAGGUUCCACAGUCUUUGCAGAAAUCCAAGGAACUGUGUAGAGCUCAGUUGCUAGCUCAAACCGCUCAGACUUGAUGAGAUUUCACUUACCACUUUGCCACUACUUACAGAACCCACGGCUGCUGGAUGACGUCAGCUUCCAUCCAUGUAUUCGGUUCAAACGCUGGGAGUCCGAGCGAGUCCUGUCAUUUAUUCCUCCCGAUGGGAAUUUCAGGUUGAUCUCCUACCGUGUCAGUUCACAGAACUUGGUGGCAAUUCCUGUGUACGUGAAACACAUGAUCAGUUUUAAGGAAAACAGUUCUUCAGGAAGAUUUGAUGUUACCAUUGGACCAAAACAGAAUAUGGGGAAAACAGUAGAAGGAGUUGUCAUGACAGUUCACAUGCCAAAGGCCGUACUUAACAUGAACCUCACUGCUACACAAGGCAGCUAUACGUUUGACCCAGUUACUAAAGUGUUAACGUGGGACGUUGGCAAAAUUACCCCUCAAAAGCUACCGAACCUGAAGGGCAUAGUGAACCUGCAGUCUGGAGCCCCCAAGCCUGAGGAGAAUCCAAGUUUAAACAUCCAGUUUAAGAUACAACAGCUUGCAAUUUCAGGACUGAAAGUGAAUCGCCUAGACAUGUAUGGAGAAAAAUACAAGCCUUUUAAAGGUGUCAAAUAUAUUACAAAAGCAGGAAAAUUCCAGGUCAGGACGUGAGAAGAUGCUCUACUUCCAAGAGUAAAUUCUCCUUAAAAAACUUGACUGCUUAGUGACUUAUGUUGCUAUUAAUUAGGUGCCAGUUAAUUAAUAGACACUGAUUAGUUUGGGAUCAAAGCAUUUGUGCACAGCAGCUCCUAAAAUGAAAGCGUAGCUUAGUUUUUCUUAAUAUGGCUUUCAAACAAGGUCCUUUUUUUCUAAUACACCUUCACUUUUUUUUACGGAAUUGUUGUGCUGGUGAAUAGUUUGAUAGAGGUGAUCCACAAAACGUCGCAAACACUACACUGCCGGUCAGAUACCAAAGCCCAGAGGCCAGGCACAUCACGAAGGCCAGACAGGCCACUGGCAAAGCCUUGUGGUGGCACGUUUUGCUGCCACAGCUGCCUUCAGAGAAAGCUCAGCUAUCCUCACUGCCAGCUGCAAGCUGGCAUUCCACAAAGCACCACGUAAUCCAUUCAGAAAGAGAGAGG